ACGCGUUCCGCCGCCCGUGUGAGCUGUGAAACUCGCGAUCUCCCAACUCCCAGCGCCCUCGCCGAACAAAGGAGAGGUAGGGAGGCACACGCGUCCGCCCGCCGCCAUGGCCACGUGGCGCCUCCGCCGCGCGGCCGCCGCCAUCGCCGCGUCCUCCGCCGUCGUCGCCGCGGGCGCGGCCUGGCCGUCCGCGUCCGCUUCCGACCCGUCCCCCGCGGCCCUCGAGGCCGCGCGGCGGCGCGUGGCCCAGCCGGGCGCGGCCCCGCCGCCACGCGCCGCGCAGAGGGCGGCGCUGGCCGGGUCCACCCCCGCGGAUCCCCUCGACGUGCUCGUCGUCGGCGGCGGGGCCACCGGGUGCGGCGUCGCGCUCGAUGCCGCAACCCGCGGGCUCCGCGUCGGCCUCGUGGAGCGCGAGGACUUCUCCUCUGGGACAUCCUCCCGAUCCACCAAACUCAUCCAUGGCGGUGUGCGCUAUUUGGAGAAGGCAGUAUUCAAUCUUGAUUAUGGGCAGCUGAAACUCGUUUUUCAUGCUUUGAAAGAAAGAAAGCAGGUUAUUGAAAAUGCUCCCCACUUAUGCCAUGCUUUGCCAUGCAUGACUCCUUGCUUUAAUUGGUUUGAGGUUGUAUACUAUUGGUUCGGCCUGAAAUUCUAUGAUAUCGUUGCUGGAAGAAGGCUGCUACAUUUGUCACGAUAUUAUUCUGUAGAUGAAUCAGUUGAACUUUUCCCAACCCUUGCAAAAAACAGCCAUGAUCGUAGCCUAAGAGGGACAGUGGUAUACUAUGACGGUCAAAUGAAUGACAGUCGGCUGAAUGUGGGCUUGGCAUGCACUGCAGCGGUUGUUGGUGCAGCUAUUCUUAAUUAUGCUGAAGUGGUAUCCCUCAUUAAGGAUGAAUCUGGAGAAAGGAUUAUUGGUGCACGGAUCCGUGAUACGCUAUCAGGUAAAGAAUUCGAUGCAUUUGCAAAGGUGGUUGUUAACGCAGCAGGACCGUUCUGUGACUCUGUGAGGAAGAUGGCUAACAAUGACGUAGUGCCCAUGAUCAGUCCAAGCAGUGGAGUGCACAUUGUACUUCCUGAUUAUUAUUCCCCUGAUGGGAUGGGGCUAAUUGUCCCUAAAACCAAGGAUGGUAGAGUUGUAUUUAUGCUGCCAUGGUUAGGAAGGACAGUAGCUGGUACAACCGACUCUAGUACAGCAAUAACAAUGCUUCCUGAACCACAUGAGGAUGAGAUACAGUUCAUAUUAGAUGCUAUCUGUGAUUAUCUUAACGUUCAGGUAAGGCGUUCAGAUGUUCUUUCUGCCUGGAGUGGUAUACGUCCACUGGCUAUGGAUCCAUCGGCAAAAAAUACUGAGAGCAUUUCCAGAGAUCAUGUUGUAUUUGAAGACUACCCAGGACUAAUAACUAUCACUGGUGGAAAAUGGACAACUUAUAGAAGCAUGGCUGAAGAUGCUGUUAAUGCAGCCAUAAGGUCAGGUAAUUUGAAGCCUGCCAAUGGCUGUGUGACUGAUCAUCUGCAUAUUCUUGGUGGAUAUGGUUGGGAUCCUGCUUCGUUUACUGUCCUUGCACAGAACUAUAAACGGAUGAAAAGGACAUAUGGUGGGAAGAUCAUUCCAGGUGCAAUGGACAGUGCUGUAUCGAAGCAUCUGUCACAUGCAUAUGGAACUUUGGCUACACAAGUGGCUUCAAUUGCCCAGAAUGAAGGCUUGGGGAAGCGACUUGCUCAUGGAUACCCAUUUUUGGAGGCUGAAGUAGCAUACUGUGCUCGCCACGAGUACUGUGAAUCUGCUGUGGACUUCAUUGCAAGGAGAUGCCGUCUUGCAUUUCUUGACACAGAUGCUGCUGGGAGAGCAUUGCCUCGGAUCAUCGAGAUUUUAGCUCUGGAACGCAAGUGGGACAAGGCAAGGCAGAAGCUUGAACUACAAAAGGGUAAAGAUUUCCUGGAAACAUUCAAGUCAUCCAAGAAUGCACAAUUCAGGGAUGGCAAACAUAAUGGUCAAUGAGUGAAACAUAAUUUCUGUGAAUAAGCGUGAGUCAUACAAUAAAAGCAAAGUAUGAAACUUAGACAAUCAGGCUAGUGCAAGAAUAAUUCGGUGCAAGAGGGCUGGGGUCCUAAAAUGUUCUCAGUUGUCCUUUUGUGCACUUUAUUACUUCUAUCUGAUUUGUGGUGAAAUAACAUCUCAUCGGCAUGAUGUAGAUCGAUGGAUGUACCACGGAA